GUAUAUGGUGGAGUAGCUAUUCUAAGUACUGUACCUAGGAAGGUGAAUGUAAGCAUUAAAUAUAGUUUUUUGAAGUCAUCGGUGGUCUACACGGCCCUCCUACCCACGCUUGGAGCGUCAACACUGCUGAUUAGCCUCCUCAGAAACUCACUCUCACAGAACGAGUGCAAGGAAGCAGACAACUAAGAGAAAGGAUAUUGUGACAUUGUGUGGAUAAUCGGAGACUUACACCCGGUAACGAAGGAGACAGCCAUAGAAAGAACAAGGCGUCUGCCAAACCUUUCCCACUAAGCAGAACUCCGCCCAUGAAGAGAUAUUCAACGGAGACCUUCAACACCUCAGGAGAGAGGCCCGCUCCAAGGCGUCUGCAUGGUCCUAAGCCACCCGCUGAACUUCGAGAACAAACACACUCUCUUUUCUCUCCAAUCUGAGCAAGAUUGACAGCGCUCUGAAUAAAUGAGGAUGGGGGAGGGGCUAUUAAGGGUGGCCAGUCAUAUAAUCAAGUGAUUAUCACUGAAGUGAAAGGAGAGAGCCAACAGAGACACUACUAGAGGCAAACACACGGUCAGUUAACCAUUGUGAGAGACAGAGAAAGAGAGGUCGAGGUAGUACACUUCUUGUUGAGACGUUUCACUCAUAACUCACAGGACCCAGUAUCCUAGCUGAGUCCAGACUGGAGCCAUGUCUCCAGAGAAGGAAAGCAAUGGUCUCGAAAACGACACAUUUGCUAUUCAUGGACAUUUCUGUGAGCUGGAGAAUGAUGGAGAGGGCUCCAAACUCUCUGAGGAGGAUGACAAGAACAAGCUGGCCUACUGUGUCACAGACGUCCCAGCCUGGUACCUAUGCAUUAUCCUGGGCAUCCAGCAUUUACUGACAGCGUUUGGGGGGAUAAUUGCCAUCCCUCUGAUCCUGUCUCAGGGUCUGUGUCUGCAGCACGAUGGCCUGACCCAGGGUCACCUCAUCAGCACCAUCUUCUUUGUGUCAGGCGUGUGCACCCUGCUGCAGGUCACCUUCGGAAUCAGACUGCCCAUUGUUCAGGGGGGUACCUUUGCCUUUCUAGCUCCCUCCAUGGCUAUGCUGUCAAUGCCAAAGUGGACAUGCCCUGCCUGGACCCAGAACGCUUCCCUGGUCAACACCACCUCUCCUGAGUACAUAGAUGUGUGGCAGAGCCGCAUGCGAGAGCUGCAGGGCUCCAUCAUGGUGGGCUCUUUGUUCCAGGUGCUGGUGGGUUUCUCUGGCCUCAUCGGUUUCUUCAUGCGUUUUAUUGGCCCCCUUACCAUCGCACCCACCAUCUCUCUGAUUGGCCUGUCCCUGUAUGACUCGGCUGGAAUGAGCGCAGGGAACCACUGGGGCAUCUCCACUAUGACAACUGCUCUGAUCAUCCUGUUCUCCCAGUACCUCCGACACAUCCCUGUACCAUUCCCCACAUACAACAAGACCAAGAAACUCCACACCUCCAGGAUCUACAUCUUCCAGCUUCUCCCUGUGCUCCUUGGCAUCACACUGUCAUGGCUGAUCUGUUACAUCUUCACCAUCUCUAAUGUCCUGCCCUCCGAGCCGGAGCAGUACGGCUACCUGGCUCGCACAGACCUGAAGGGGGAUGUCAUAAGCCAGGCCCCCUGGUUCAGAUUCCCAUAUCCAGGUCAGUGGGGUUUGCCAACUGUGAGCCUGGCGGGAGUGUUAGGGAUCUUGGCUGGGGUGUUAUCCUCCAUGAUAGAGUCGGUGGGGGACUACCACGCCUGUGCCAGACUAUCAGGGGCCCCUCCACCCCCUAAGCAUGCCAUCAACAGGGGCAUUGGCAUUGAGGGGAUUGGCUGUCUGCUGGCUGGGGCCUGGGGCACGGGCAACGGAACCACCUCCUAUAGUGAGAAUGUGGGUGCACUGGGCAUCACCAAGGUGGGCAGUCGCAUGGUGAUCGUUGCUGGUGGGGUAUUGAUGAUCAUCAUGGGACUUUUCUGUAAAAUUGGAGCAAUUUUCACCACCAUCCCCACACCUGUGAUUGGAGGAAUGUUCUUGGUCAUGUUCGGGGUCAUUUCUGCAGCUGGAGUUUCAAAUCUGCAGUACGCAGACAUGAACUCCUCCCGGAAUGUGUUUAUCUUUGGAUUUUCCAUGUUUUCCGGGCUUGUCAUUCCAAACUGGAUAUUCAAGAACCCGGAUGCCAUAGCAACAGGUGUGGUCGAGCUGGACCAACUGCUGCAGGUGCUUCUAACAACCAGCAUGUUUAUUGGAGGCUUCUUUGGGUUCUUCCUUGACAACACCAUUCCAGGCACCCUGCGGGAGCGGGGCAUCAUGGACUGGAACAAGAUCCCCCUUGAUGACUCCAGCAACACUUUGGAGAGCAGUGAGGUGUACAACCUUCCACUUGGAAUUAGCUCUUGUCUCUCCUCCUUCUCCUGGGUUCGAUAUGUGCCGUUCCUCCCUCCAAAUGCACCAAGCUCACAGGACGAGGCCAAGGUGGACUCUUUGGCGACCAAGCAGCAGCCUGUGAAGCCAGAGCCUAUCAGAUCAGUGGCCCUAUGAACACUGUGUAGGACCAGACACGGGCUAAAACAACAACAAUAAGAGAGGCAGCUCUCGUAAUAUGGUCCUCCCGUUCUGUUUUAUUUUGUCUAUUUUAUACUCAUAUCUUGUAAAGAUUUGAUUAUGCAUUUUAUAAAUUAACUUUUGGCAAUAAUAUUUGGCAUUUGUGUGGUGUAAAUACAUUUUUGUUGUGA